AUGACAAACAAGGCUAUACUUGGAAUUGGUUCCUUAAAGUUACACGAGAUGGCGCGAAUACUGAUUUGGAUUGUGGCUGCUGGUGCGGUAGGGGCUUCCAGUUUAAAUGACCAGGUGGCGCUGACAAACGUGACAAGAUACGCUACAGGAGAUUAUUUUUCGCUUAUUGGAUCAGAUUGCGGACCAACACGAUGUAUGGAGUUGACCCACGGCACCGCCUUGGCAACUAUUGGUACAGACGCUAGCGGCUGUAGAUGUCAAUGUCGAAAGGAUACUCCUGCGUUCCGCGAAGACCAUGGCAGCUGCGUCAAUCAUAUUGAUGAAUGUUUGAUGGCUAGCUUCGGCCGUGGCACAUCAAAACCACAAAUACCAUAUGUCUUCCUCCCUCUCAAAGGACAGAUUAUAUAUCCGUCCAAAGAAAUUGUCUUUACCGAUGUGGAAGACGCAAUUUGUGCGGUAACGAGCGCCCAGUAUUUGUCGACAUCGGGCUGGGUGACACUUCGCGAUUUGGUGGACAAUGACGUCCCAUUUGGAUUGUACCGCGACGAAGGCAACACUUUUUUGCAGUGGCGUGGAUCAGCAGCACUUCAUACACGGCUUGAGGGUCGCCUGGUAGCCGUGCACGUUCUCUGCUCUGCGGCGAUCAAUUCUCGUCUUGCUACUUCUUGCGCAGCUUUUCGCAUUGCGGGAGCAGCUCAAAACGCUUUACUUGAUGUGCGUUCAAUACCUUUCCAUGCUGGAGAAACAGUGACAUCCGAGGUGGCACAAAGGCAAGGUCUCAGCGUCUUAGAAUCUUUGGCAAUCGGAGUAUGCGUACUACUGUUGGUCUUCGUAUAUGCUGCUGGAAUUAUCUUUUAUGUCCAUUACAAGCAAAAGCAAAAACGAAACCAAAAAGAUCAGGAACAGAAUCAUACUAAUACUAUGUCAACUGAUAACGGGUCCCUGGAAUCUAGAAUCGAUAUGAGUAAUAUGAUGUUGAAAACGAAUCCUCUUUUAAAACUUAAUGGAAUGGGUGGCGACUUUUUCCAUGAUGAAAACAUUCCUGAUGUUGGUGAACAUUCUGAAGACAACAUGGAUUCUUCAUGUCAUAACACUCAUACUGCACAUAAGUUCCAGAAGUUAAAUACAAACGUUAUAUCGGCGAUGGUCCACUCUCGCCGGAUGAAGACACUAAGGCCAUCGAUAAGAACAGCUACUUCUUCUGAAAAAAUGAAUGAACGAUUCCAAAGGCGUUCAAUGUCGCCAGAUGCUUUAGAACGAGCCCCUCAUUCAGAACUUUCCAUAAUAGAUUGCAGUCUUGAAAAUAAUUUUGGCGGAAGCCGUCAGUUGCCAUCCUCAAACGGAGAGAAUGCUUAUAGAAAGAAAUUAUAUUUUAAUCCAGUAUUCUUUGAAACUGAACAUCUAAAAAAUCCACCGCCUGCUGCCAUUGAAUUUUUAACAAAAAUUCGCGAGGUUAUGUACAUAGCGAAAGAAAAAAUGACAUCAAAAAGAUUUUUACCGAUUUUAUCUGAUAUACCCGAAGAAGAUCUUUACCAAACAAUUGAUCUUGGCUGGGGCAUCCCAUGUGCUCGACGUGGUCGUCGAUUUAGCGCAAUUAGCCUUAAGCAAGAAAACACAAGAAAAACUACCCAUUGCGGUGGAUGUCCAGGUUGUGAUAGUAACUCUCAAUCGAACAAGACUGUGGCCUUGACUAGAUCUAGCUCCUGUAAAUCUUGUGUAGGUGAAGAUUACAAACAAAAAAUUGUUAGGAAGUGGUUAGAUGAAGUACCAACAGUAACAAGCACCUCCAAAUCAACUAAGUCUAUUGCCAAGAUUAGUGGAACGCCAAGAAAUAUAGAGGUUAAGAAGCAAGAAACGAUUUGUCCAAAAUCUGCAUUGGAAAGUAAUAAAAUACUUACUGUUACAUAUACCAAACCAAAAAAUACUGAUAUUGCACAAACACACACAGAAAUUAACUCUAUAUAUAGAGAUAAUAAAGAUGUAUUAAGAGAAAAUAAAUCCAUUAUUACAGAAUCGAGACCAACAGUAAUUGAAUUAAAACCAAAACAAAUAGAAAUUAAACCUCAAAUUUCAGAAAUAAAACCUAAGGCCGCAGAAAUUAUUAUAAAAGGAAGUCAUGAUAGAGUUUUAAAAGAAUACAUUACUAUAGAAAAUAAACCCGAAGAAAGAAAGAUAAUCGGUAAGCCUACAAAUAUCAAACAAAUUAAAGUAGAUAAUGAAAGUGAUAAAAUGUCCGUGUCUAUUGUUACAAACUCAGAAAAGAAAACUCCUCCAUCUAGUCACACAUCGCGACGUAUCAGAAAGAAGUUGCCACCACCACCUCCUCCUCCUGUAAGUCUUCCAGAACCGCUUGAAGAAGAAGAAGAAGCUCCUAUACCACCAGAAGUAAAAGUAAAGAUGGAGGCUGUUAUUCGCGAAAUAAAAACGUGUCGACGCAUAGAUCCAACAGAAACAGACGAUGAAAAAUUAGAACCAAAAUCUCGAAUCUCACCAAAGCUUGUUAUACCAGUGAUAGGAGCAGACUCGCAAUAUUUUAGUGAUGAUAAUGUGCUUACUCUGUCAAAGAAAAAAGAUUUAUAUGGUUUAAAAGAUAACCUUGCUGGCUUUGAUAAUAUAGACCCCAAUAUUAUUAAGAGGAGACGAUUUUCUGUUGCUUGUUUUCCAGAGUUUUCACAAAGAGGAAAACUUGAUCACAGUCACAACUUACUAGGCGAGAGUGAUAGGGUAAUGAGUACAAGUUGGCGAGAUAUGAGAAAAGCUGUUGACAACUCUCAAUUUAAAGACGAUAAAAAUUUCAAUAACGAAGAAAUUUUUGUCAACAGUCACAUUGAACCCUUAUAUGACAACAUUCACGAGUUAGCAAAGCCUGGAUCGCUAACUAUUGAAGUGCGCGGGUCACCAGUCGAGACUAGACGUACUUGUUGUAAAGACGACGUUGAUUUUGAUCCCGAUACUCUUGACAGACGGGACACUAAGAAACGCAUCGAAAAAAUACUUCUAAAAUCAGCGGGUAGCUUUAAGUAUAAAUCCACAUCUUCCGAAAGUGAUUCUUGUAAAAAAUCACCUGUUGAAAUUAUUACGAGAAAAAUUGGUAAUCUUAGAGAGAUUUAUGAAGCUAAAGCAAAAGCUCAAGAAGAAGAGAUGAAAUUUUACAGUAGACGUCAAAGUAUUACAUACGGCCAAGACCUAUCAGCGUUCAUGAGAUCUGUAAAGGCCCCUGAUUUAAUAAGACACAUUGAAGGACAAAAUGAUCCUAAGCCACCGAUACCUCCACACCAACGCCGAGGAACUGAACUGUCGCCUAAAUCGUUUUUGGCUUCUGCGCGCGGUAGUCCGCUUGGUGACCGACGUAGGAUGUCAGAGGAUAGAGAUAGAUUCCAACAAUAUACCCGACUUGAUAACUUGAAUGCCCGAAGGUCAGGGCGGCGAUCUGCAAGAACCAGAUCUCGACGAACAGAUCUGAGAAAAUUAUAUAGAACUGAAGACUCUGGUUACAUGAGUACUGAUUCCAAUGAAUCGAAACGGAGAGCAAGAUAUCUAAUGCAGUUGAGACCGGUGAAAACAGCACUAUCGAAUCAGGCUACAAUCCCGACCAUAAGAGCAGUUGUCACUAAGCCACUUGUUUUACAAAUGGAAUCGGAUACUGAUGAUGUGGAAUCUUUAUGGGAUGGACGGAGCGAGUCAGGAGGAGAAAGUGUUGAAACCGACUCUGUUUUCUUUGGAAAUUUUGAUGAUUCCAAGGAAAUGCUAGCCGAGUUGGGACUAAACAGUUUUGAACCUCAAGGUAAAAUAAUGCAUACUCAUGAACAGAUUGAUUCAGGUUUUAUGGGUGAAACUAACAUUAUUUUAAGUGGUGAUAGUGAUUCGGAACAUCGAAGUGUAAUUUCUAUUACAACGGGACACGACGGUAGAGCUUCUGUAGCGUCUCUUAGUAACUUAGACGAUGCAGCGUACAUGCACACUAUAGAGUGCUGA